AUGGCCCAACCCGAUAUUGCCAUGAAGGUGUUCCCGGACCCGAACCGAGACGAGUAUAAGAAUAAUUUAGCUUGGUUUUUCGACUCUCGACGGAAUCCCUCACUGAAGGACCAUCGAGUGAAACACUCCAAACUGAAGGCAACGUUCAGGGAGUUUCGUAUCUUGAUAACCAAGGAAGAGAGUGAAUCCAUAAGUCCGAAAUUUGUUACACAUGGGGGCCUCAACUCGGAGGAGUUCAUCGAGGUUGCUAAGUCAACCUAUUCCAUCCAAACUUUCUUUGAAAAAUCCAACAGCACUAAAGAUUUAGAGGCUGAGGCUCUCACUCGAGAUCAAGCCAAGCAACUUAUAAGUUUAUGCGAUUGUUUCCAUGCUUCAAAAAUUUACAGCUUGUUCAUUGCUUACUUUUGCAUAAUUGUGUAG